AUGCCUGUCGCCGUUCCAGCCCUGGCCGACUGUCUGGAUGGGUUUGAGCACCAUGACACCCAGUGUUACAAGGUCCUGCCACUAGAGGCAAGCUGGAUCGAGGCCAAGCAGUAUUGCCGGCUUCUGGGAACGGAGCUGUUGGUGAUCGAGACGGCGGCGGAAGAAACCACCAUCGAGGGCAUCCUCACAAAGUUGCACGGUUCUCACCUGGACGAGGUUUACUGGGUGUCCGGUUCGGACAUGAUCUCGGAGAACAACUGGCUCUGGUUGACGGGAGACGGGUUCAGUGUUCCCAUGGGUUUCACCGACUGGGCGGUAGGGCGGCCGGAUAACGUGGGUGGCCACGAGGACUGUCUAGUUAUCCACUACCACGGGGUCACGCGGACCUCGUGGAAAGACGAGAUGUGCAGCAACCAGCACAGCUUCAUCUGUGAGAUCAAUAAGAACGACCUACACCGACUUUCUUAUACGUACUUCUAA